CCAAAAAAUUUUAGUGGAAAAUCCAGAAUCCAAAUAAAUAUUGUGGAUAUUUCGUCCCUUUACAGAUAAUGAAUUGACCUUUAGUGGAGGAAUUCUUUCAAAAGUGAUAAAUAUGGACGUUGUUAGCUAUCUAGAGCUUAUUAAUAGUUGUUAUACUGCAAACAAAUAAAAAUUUUUAGAAGUUUAAAUGAUUAAAUGAAUAUAUCAUAGUUCUGGGAAAUGUUCAAAAUACAACAGAUGAAUCCUUGUUGCAUUAUUCAUAUCAUAUACUCAAAAGUUUGGCUCUGAUAAUAAUGUAUCAAGAUUGUGCUGCGGUUUAUAAAUUUUCAGUCCCAAUUUUAAAACAGUCGAUUUUCACCUAAAUAGUUACGUGGAAUGAUUCCUUGAAUGCAAAAUGGUCAAAAGACAAAAUUCAUUAAUCUAACACACAUAAUAUGUAAAGUAUUUUCAAAAUAAGUGGAAGCCAAGUAGGGUUAAAUACAAAACCUAUAUGCCAAAUAUUUAUAAUCUUAGUUUAAUCCUAAUUUAGCCAAAGUAAGAAAUCUUGUACGUAUUUCAAAACCAAUUGGACAUUCGAAAUAAACAUCAUGCAAUGUAUGAAAUGCUGGGUCGAUGUUAAAGAGUAUAUUAGACUACAUUGUUACCAUGUCUGUUGCUCGAAAUGCUAUGCUAACUUAAAAAAUAGUUUUUACGCAUGUACGAUUUGCCGUGAAUUAGCAAGACAUUUGUUGGCUCAAUAUGGAAUUCAACUAAAAGAAUCGUCUUCAGAGGAGAGUUCUGAAGUAGGGUCGUCUUCAGAUGAAAAUGAGACUUCUGAAGAAAAGUCAAUAGAAAAAGAAGAUACAAAUCCAGAGAAUAAUGAAAAAGAAUUAUCCCAAGAGGAUGUCAAACCAGAGAUUCAUGAAGAAGAAUUGCCCCAAGAACAUAUCAAACAAGAGAUUCAUGAAGAAGAAUUGCCCCAAAAAAAUGUCAAACAAGAGAUUCAUGAAGAAGAAUUGCCCCAAAAAAAUGUCAAACAAGAGAUUCAUGAAGAAGAAUUACCCCAAAAAAAUGUCAAACAAGAGAUUCAUGAAGAAGAAUUACCCCAAAAACAUAUCAAACAAGAGAUUUAUGAAGAAGAAUUACCCCAAAGAAAUAUCAAACCAGAGAUUUAUGAAAAAGAAUUACCCCAAAUAGUUGUCAAACCAGAGAUUUAUAAAGAAGAAUUAUCCCAAGAUGAUUUUGAAUCGAUAAUGCACAAGUCUUCUUUAAAAAGAGAAAAACAGAAGCAUUUGAUUGCAAACAACGAAAAAAUGACUUUUAGAGAUGAGAUAAAGACUGAAGUUGAAGAAAUAACUUAUGAAAAUUUGCCUUCCACCUCUAAUUACAAUAGAAGUUGUCUAAAUACAAACACUCCGCAACAAAUAUCACACAUUGGCGAGUGGAAUACCACUUCAAGAAAGGCAACUAAUGGAAAAUCGCAUACUCCAGGUUAUCCAAAACCAAGCACUUCUCAAGAUGUUAAUUUGUUCAAUCGAUACCCGGAAUCUUCACGUCAACCAAAUAAUGUCUCAGGUUCUUCACUUGGUCCAUGUUUAAAAAGCAAAGAAGCUGCUCAACUUCCUAGAAUGAAUAUGGAUCAGAAUCGUGAAUCAAAAAAAUGGGAUAGGACUGAUGGUUAUCCAAAACCAAGCACUUCUCAAGAUAUUAAUUUGUUCAAUCGAUACCCGGAAUCUUCACGUCAACCAAAUAAUGUCUCAGGUUCUGCAGAGGGUCCAUGUCUAAAAAGUUAUCCAAAAUCUCAACGUCAACCAAAUAAUGUCUCAGGUUCUUCACUUGGUCCAUGUCUAAAAAGCAAAGAAGCUGCUCAACUCCCUAGAAUGAAUAUGGAUCAGAAUCGUGAAUCAAAAAAAUGGGAUAGGACUGAUGGUUAUCCAAAACCAAGCACUUCUCAAGAUGUUAAUUUGUUCAAUCGAUACCCGGAAUCUUCACGUCAACCAAAUAAUGUCUCAGGUUCUUCACUUGGUUCAUGUCUAAAAAGCAAAGAAGCUGCUCAACUUCCUAGAGUAAAUAUGGAUCAGAAUCGUGAACCAAAAAAAUGGGAUAGGGCUGAUGGUUAUCCAAAACCAAGCACUUCUCAAGAUGUUAAUUUGUUCAAUCGAUACCCGGAAUCUUCACGUCAACCAAAUAAUGUCUCAGGUUCUUCACUUGGUCCAUGUCUAAAAAGCAAAGAAGCUGCUCAACUUCCUAGAAUAAAUAUGGAUCAGAAUAGUGACUUCACAAAAUGGAAAAAUACUUUUGGUUAUCCAAAAUCUCAACGUCAACCAAAUAAUGUCUCAGAUUCUGCAGAGGGUGCAUGUCUAAAAAAAAAAGAAGUUGCUCAACUUCCUACAACAAAUAUUGACCAGAAUCGUGAAUCAAAAAAAUGGAAUAGGGCUGAUGGUUAUCCAAAACCAAGCACUUCUCAAGAUGUUAAUUUGUUCAAUCGAUACCCGGAAUCUUCACGUCAACCAAAUAAUGUCUCAGGUUCUUCACUUGGUCCAUGUCUAAAAAGCAAAGAAGCUGCUCAACUUCCUAGAAUAAAUAUGGAUCAGAAUCGUGAACCAAAAAAAUGGGAUAGGGCUGAUGGUUAUCCAAAAUCUCCACGACAACCAAAUAAUGUCUCAGGCUCUGCAGAGGGUACAUAUCUAAAAAGCAAAGAAGCUGCUCAACUUCCUACAACAAAUAUCGAUCAGAAUCGUGAAUCAAAAAAUUGUAAUAGGGCUUUUGGUAAUAUGGCUAAUCGUAAUACGGUUUAUACUACUCCAGCCGAUUUUACGACGAUUUAUAAUUAUAUGGCUGCUCAUAUUAAGGAGAUUCGUAAUAAGGCUGUUAAUAGUAGGGUUACUAGUAAUACGAUUGAUGAUAAUACGGCUAGUCGUAAUACGGAUAAUAAUAAUAUGGCUGAUCGUUAUACUGCUAAUGAUGAUAAGGCUGAUUAUAAUACUGCUAAUCGUAAUACUGCUGAUAAUAGUAUAGCUGAUCAUAAUACGGCUGAUCGUAAUACGGCUGUUAAGCGUCGUUAUCCAUAUAUAAGACCCAGACGACGUACAACUUAUAUAAUACCAAAGAAAAGGAAAUUAGACGAUAAACGUCCUAAAUUGUAACAAUUUAGUGACUUUUAUAGUUAUUGAUGUAUCCUAGUAACCUUCCUAUUUUGGCAAGACCACAUAAGGAAGCACCUGAUAAGUGCUACAUAACCUUGCCUACCAUGGUUGCUACUAUGGAUUGCAAUAGAUGAAUAAAGAUCAUAUUUUGGAAUUCUUGUAGGCAGUACUUUUACAUAUAAGGUUUGUCUUAUUUAAAUGGGUCGGACUGACUGAUCAAAAGUAUUGAUCCAGAGGUGAUUGCAAUUUAAAAAAAGUUUAAGGAUAGUUGACAAAGUAUGGAGUACUUACAGUAGCUACUUUUGGUGUUAGUAGAUCAGUGAGAUAAAAUGUACUGUUGAAAUAUGGAAGGGAUAGGAUACUUCAGUUAAUAAAAAAUUCAGUGAUAUUUGUUGUUUCUCGUAGACAAAUGAUUGUGUUGUAUUGAUGUUUGAUAAGUUUGUCUACGAGCUGAUUUAUUUAUUGCAAUUUCUUCAUUUUUUAUGCCUUUAUUUAUUUGUUAGUUGAUUUAUCUGUUAAAAUUUGUAAUAGAUUAUUGUUACUGAUAUUUUGUUCAUAUUUUAAAUAAAAUCUCUAAAAAUAA